AUGUCCAAAGGCCCGCAUACCAAAUCCGCGGCGGGAAUGCCUAACAAGCAAUCCGAAUCGCCAGGGACAAUGGCACAGAAAGGAAAGAAGCGGUCUGCAACAGAGGCGUUUCCAUCACAAACCAAAACAUUCGGGGAUUCGCUCAAACUACACCGGUCUCAUACCGCUGGAGCAGGCGCGUCAGGCAAGGUGGUGAAUUUCAAAGACCACAGAGACGAAGACGACGACGACGACGGUCUCGCCUGGUCAGCCACGCCCGAGCCCCCGAAGUUAUCCAACAGAGGUCUCCACCUCAAAGAGCGUGCCCGCCAGCUACUGUCGUCCAGACAGCAACUGCCCAUCUCCAGCCACGCGGAGCGGAUUCGGACAAAACUCCGAGACCACGACGUGUUGCUUCUAGUGGGAGAGACGGGGUCCGGCAAGUCGACGCAGAUCCCGCAAUUCCUGGUCAACGAGCCAUGGUGCCAGAAGAAGCGGAUCGAAGGAAAAGGCGCGGUGGGCGGAUGUAUCGCCAUCACGCAGCCCCGACGGGUCGCCGCCAUCUCUCUGGCUCGACGGGUCGCCGAGGAAAUGGGCACGCCGCUGGGAACCUCCAGUCCCGCGUCUCAAGUCGGAUACUCUGUCCGGUUCGACAACAGUACGGGUCCGUCUACGCGCAUCAAAUUCUUGACCGAGGGGAUGCUGUUGCAGGAGAUGCUGCGUGAUCCGUGGCUGAAGGAGUAUUCGGCCGUCGUGGUCGACGAGGUUCACGAGCGCGGCGUCAAUGUCGAUCUCGUGCUGGGAUUUCUGAGGCGCAUGCAGGAUCGGAGAAGUCAAGACGACGGCAGGGGCGGCGUCGGCAUCAAAGUCGUCGUCAUGAGUGCUACGGCGGAUAUGGAGAAGAUUCAGGAUUUCUUCAACGGCGCCACUUCGCUCUUCAUCAAAGGUCGCCAACACCCAGUGACGAUAAACUACACGCCCGCCCCGGUCCCGGAUAUCCUAGACGCCGCCUACCAACGAAUCACGCAUAUCCACUCGCACACCCCUUUGCCAGGCGACAUCCUGGUCUUCCUCACGGGCCAAGAAACGGUAGAAUCUCUCCUCAGCCUGCUUCGCACCUGGGCCACCGAGAUCCAGAAAGACGUGAAACUGUCGAGACAACUUCCCAGACUCCUGAUCCUGCCACUGUACGCGGCAUUGCCGUCUCACUUGCAACAGCGGGUCUUCCAGGCGACACCGAAGUUCACGCGCAAAAUCAUUCUGGCGACCAACAUCGCCGAAACCAGUAUCACCGUGCCGGGGAUCCGAUACGUGAUCGACACUGGGAAGGUGAAGCAGCGACUGUUCCGCCCAUCGUUGAAUCUGGACACACUGUUGACCGUUCCGAUCUCGCGCAGUUCCGCCAACCAGCGCUCCGGCCGGGCCGGUCGAGACGCCCCCGGCACGGCGUACAGACUGUACACCGAAUCCGACUUCUACCAGCUGCCGCAGGACACGGAACCGGAGAUCCUCCGCUGUGAUCUGAGCCAGUUGGUCCUGACGCUCAAGGCGCACGGGAUCGACGAUCUGCUGAGGUUUCCGUUUCUGACUGCUCCGCCGCGCCGCGCGUUGGAGAGGGCAAUGAUCCAUCUGGUCCAGCUGAAUGCGCUGGACACGACCAGUGGUCGGAUCACGCCUUUGGGGAGGGAUAUGAGUGGUUUGCCUCUGCCGGCGAGUCUGGCGCGUGUGUUGCUGGCCAGCGCGGAGCCGGAGUUCGAUUGUGUCGACGAGAUCAUCGAUAUCGUGUCCGCAUUGAGUGUGGAGAAUGUUUUUCUGAAUAUCAACCACAAUCGCAACCGCAAUUCUUCCGACAUGGAAUCCGAGACCCGCGAAUCUCGCGCCCAGCGGCACCGUCGCGCCCUCUUCCGCCGUGAAGGCGACCACCUGACUCUCCUGGCCACCAUGCAAGCCUACGCCGCGGAACAGACCGACCGCCGCCGCUGGUGUGAAGACCGCUUCAUCUCCCACCGAGCCAUGACGGGGGCCAUGGACGUUCGGAAACAGUUGACCGCUACUGCCAACAACGAGGUUAAUGUCGAGGGUGAGGUUGAUGGCAAUAACAACAACAACCAAUUUCACGACUCUGACUCUCACUCUGAUCAUCACCAUCUACAUGAUCCAUCAACUCUACCCACCCGAAUCCUGAAAUGUCUUCUGACUGGCUUCCACGCCAACGUCGCCCGCUUGAGUCCGGACGGCAGUUAUCGCACCAUUCUGACGAAUCAAGUUGUUGCAAUUCAUCCAAGCAGUGUAUUGUUUUCUGGGAUCGUCUACAAUGAAUUCGUAUAUACCGGGACCAAAGCGUACGCGAGGGGCGUGAGUGCUGUGGAGAUGAGAUGGGUUGCGGAGAUAUUGAAGCGGUGA